CCUCCUUCACCAACUGCACAUCAACCAAACAUCCACUACAAUUGCCUCAUGUUUCGCUCUAUGAAUACAUGAUCAGCAUCAUUACUAUGACUCAUCAUCUACUCCGUACGUAGAAGCCUAAUGACAUGGAUGUAUAUAUUUUACCUAGUAAAAGACAAUUGCACUGGCGAACGGACUGUCUCUCAUGAAAAGGGCCAUGCUCACCUAUUUCAAUCAGUUUCGACAUACCUAUUUCAUGUUUGCUAUAUUACAACACUUGAUGCUUGGGUCAUAGAUCGUUUAUCUUGAAACUGUUAUAGGACUGCACUUACAAAGCUUACCACUAUGACGUUAGAAAUAUAUCGGGCUGAGGAGCCCCUAUUCAACCCUCAAGGUCCAGAUGAACCUUUAAUAACAGUAAAUCGCAUCGACUUCUCCCAGACGCCCUUAGCGGAUCACUACAGUCCCUGCUUCGCAAUGGUUAUAGACAAUCUCCUUACACCUGCAGAAUGUGCCGCCAUCCUAGCAUCUGCAGGCUCACACUGGAAGACACUGAACAAAGGGAACUCAUGGCGCGAGUGCGAGCGGAUCUAUUCCGUCUCACCUGAAUGGGCCAAUGCCAUAUCCGAGAGACUCUCACCGUACUUACCGGAAGAAGUCAAAGCCUUGAAGAAGGGUGAUGCGUUAGCCGAGACCAUCGCAGGCUUGCCUAAUCUCAAGGCUAGUCAGGGAGCUAGCAAGACAGUCUGGAGACUCACCGGAGCCAACGAGAGGUUAAGUAUUCUACGAUAUCGUCCCGGGAAUCACUUCAAGCCGCAUUGCGAUGCACUGUACUCGCCUAGUGACAAGGAAAGGAGUUUCCUUACAUGUCAGAUAUACUUGAGUGACAUGCUUAAAGGCGAAAACCCAGUGGAGAGUCCCGGGGGAGAAACCAGGUUCUGGCCAAGUCGUUUCGGCUUAGGAAGAAAGAAGAAUUCGGGUGAAGUGGAAGAGGAAAAUGAGAAGCCCGUUGAAGAAGAAGCGUUCUGGGAUGUCAAACCUAAGAUAGGCCGGGCAUUAAUUUUCCAACAGCGUAUGUUAUGGCAUUCAGGGCAAGAGGUUAAACAUGGAGAGAAGUUCACUGUGCGGCUGGAUUUGAUGUACGAACAUCAUUUUGAGAAGUUGUCGAGAUAGGCACGGAUAUUAUAUUAUAAAUGUGACGAGAUUCUGUGAAUGCCUUUUGGGGAAGCGUCAAAAGAAGAGUUCAAAUGACCUAAUCGAUGUCAGCCCCUUUUCGUUAGAUAGUUAAACCAGGCUAUCCUCAACUACUUAAACUUCUACC